AUGGCACAGCAGGCAAAGCACAUUCGUCCCACAGAGCUCAAUAGGGUCACCUAUGAGGAUGUUUUCACCAUGUGGAAGAGCCUCUUGGGUGUCUACGGCAUCGGCGAACUAGCUAACAUGAGCAACUUCCAGAACGAAAAUAUCCGGGAGCUCUUGAUGAAGCUGGCAGUUGUUUGGGCUGACAGCCCCCUACAUCUCGAGGUGGUGAUGGAAACCAUCCAAAUUUUGACGGUAUUCUCCUGCAUGACAUUCAAAUGCCAGCUCGACGGGGAAGGGGUUCUGGAGUGCUCCAGCUUUCGAUUGAGUUGCUGGGUGGAAGACUCGGAAGUUUGCCCAGUUCCAAAACCACAGGCAUCGACUCCUUUGCGCAUCAAGCUGAGCGCUUUUCUCACGACCCCAGAAAUGAAAGAGCUUAUUCUGAGGGAGGUGGGCUUGGCUUUGGGGCAACUUGAAUCCCUAUGUGCACUCGCGGAAUUGACUCCACAAUUGCUGGGCCGAUUCCAGAUUUGCUUUAGUUUGCUGGAUGAUGUGCAAACCGUCCUCGAGCUUGGCACCGGUUGCGGAUACUCAGCCAUCCGCUUGGCCCGGGAACCCGGCUUUGCGGCUUCAGCUUUGCCCGUGCAGCUGGAGACGGUGGAGGACACGCCCAACGUACUGCCCGGAGUUUGCGUCACCGGUUUUCUCUUUCCUCUGGCAGCUAUGUCCAACCUCAACGAUCGCAUCAAAGUGUGGAUUGGCAAGACUGCUGUGGUCCUUCCCAGGCUGGGCGGGCGCUUUCACGCCGUCGUGUGCGAUCACGCAGGCAAAAAUUUCUUGCCAGACCUGCUGUUCUUGCAACACCAGCACUUGCUGCCAAGGGCCGUGGUGCUGGCGAACCAUGUGCUGAAGCCUGGCGCGCCGGAAUUCUUGUGGGAGGUCACCAGGCAUCCGACCACGCAGGUGGUGUCGGUGCCCGAGUUUGAGCAACCGCCCCUGGAGGAUUGGAUGUCCGUCACCGUCCUCACCAGGCCCUUGCAAAAUGACCCACCAGCAGGUGUGCUGGACUUGGUGGAACUCAGUGCUGGCAUUCUGGACCGUGCCAGCGACACGCGCAGCCGCGGGCGGCAGUUGGGCUCUGUGGAUGACUGGAAGGACUUUGUUGAGGACAUGAAGUUGGGUUUGGGCGACCUGGGAAUCCAAGCCACUGCCCAGCAUGGAGCCGAUCCGCCGCCAAAAUGUGUGCGUUGCGACUGA